AGAAGGCGACGGUGGGUGCGGGUAAAGGCGUUGAGGCAGCUCCUCCUCCAGUCCGCCGCCGCGGAAGUGACAGGGUUUGUUGUGGGGUCGAGGUGGCGCCGCCGACUUGUUUUUCCCUGCCUCCAUUCACGUCCUGGCACGAGCCUUCGGGAUCCUGAGGUUUUGAAAAACAAAGGUGUUGAAUGAAAAAUCUAGGGACCUUCAUUGUAAGUUGGAGUGCUCAACACUAGACUGAACAAACGACACCUAGAAGUGCAAGCAGACAGAUGUGGGUGAUUGACUCAUGGCCGCAGAUAACCCAGUUCAUUCAUCCAGCGUUAACUAUAAUUUGGACACAUUCUUUAGAGAUCUACAGUACUUGAAAACUUACAGAAAGCUUUGCAGCUUCUAUACAUCUCAACAGUAUUGUACCUGAAAUCAUUUUGCUCUCGGAAUGAAGAGAAUCAGGCAGACAGCUAAAGCUGAAAAUCCAGUUCUUCAAACACUAGAGAGGACAAAAAAGCAGAAAACUGGUUUUUACAACACUCUGUUUGACCCAUCUCAUCCUUUUACCUUGAUGGACUGGGGAAGUCUGCCACACCACGUAGUCUUGCACAUCUUCCAAUGCCUGCCUCUUGUUGAUCGUGCCCGUGCAUCUUCAGUUUGCCGGAGAUGGAAUGAAGUGUUUCAUAUUCCUGAUCUCUGGAGAAAGUUUGAAUUUGAGCUUAAUCAGCCUGCUACUUCAUACUUGAAGUCUACUCACCCAGAUCUCAUUCAACAGAUUAUUAAAAGACAUGCUGAUCAUUUGCAGUAUGUCAGCUUCAAGGUUGAUAGUAGUACAGAGUCUGCAGAAGCAGCUUGUGACAUCUUAUCUCAGCUGGUGAAUUGUUCUAUCAAGACACUUGGCUUGAUUUCAACGGCAAAACCAAGUUUCAUGAAUGUUUCCAAGGCUCACUUCGUAUCAGCGCUUACAGUAGUAUUUGUCAAUUCCAAGUCAUUAUCUUCCAUCAAGAUUGAAGACACACCAGUAGAUGAUCCAUCUUUGAAGGUCCUUGUUGCAAACAAUAGUGACACUUUAAAAUUGCUCAAAAUGAGCAGUUGCCCUCAUGUUUCACCAGCUGGAAUUCUUUGUGUUGCUGACCAGUGUCAUGGCCUUAGGGAGCUCGCUCUUAAUUACUAUCUACUAAGUGAUGAAUUGUUACUGGCUCUUUCAAGUGAGAAGCAUGUUAAUCUUGAACAUCUCCGUAUAGAUGUUGUGAGUGAGAAUCCUGGACAGAUUGAAUUUCACGCUAUCAAAAAACAAAGCUGGGAUGCUCUCAUUAAACACUCCCCCAAAGUCAACAUUGUGAUGUACUUCUUCCUAUAUGAGGAGGAAUUUGAUGCAUUCUUCAGGGAGGAAACACCUGUAACUCAUCUUUAUUUUGGCCGUGCAGUAAGCAAGUCAAUGCUCGGACGUAUUGGACUGAACUGCCCAAGGUUGAUUGAAUUGGUUGUCUGUGCUAAUGGCCUUCAGCCCUUGGAUGAUGAACUCAUUCGCAUUGCUGAAGGCUGUAAGAAUCUAACUGCCAUGGGGCUUGGUGAAUGUGAAGUUACAUGUCGAGGCUUCAUUGAGUUUGUAAAGAUGUGCGGAGGCAGGCUUACCCAGCUGUCCAUUAUGGAGGAAGUGCUUAUUCCAGACAAUGACUACAAUCUGGAUCAAAUUCAUUCUGAAGUUUCCAAACACCUUGGAAGAAUGUGGUUUCCUGAUAUGAUGCCAACAUGGUAAAAAAACAAAAAUCAAUAAGGCAAAAGGCCGAAUUGGUCAGAACUGGCUGUACAGGGUGUUGCUUUCUAUGCAAAUAAGGAAUCUUAAAUAAUUGCAUACUGGCGGUACUAUGCCAAUCAUAAAAUGGAAUAGAGUAUACUGAAUAGUGUACACAUUGAAAGUAUAUGCAUUAAGUGCUUAGUUUAUCCUCCAGUUAAUUGGAGUAUUUUUAACUGAUUUGUAUUUAAUUGUUAAGCACUUUGUUUAGUACAAGUUACUUUUGUACUAGUAUUUCUGGUGUUGCUAAACACUUUGGCCUUCUUGGUAAACUUCUGCCUAAUGGGUGUCUGGAUUUUGAGUUAAAGCGCUGUUUCUCCUGUUACUGUUCCUUUAAUUAAAAACAGUGGUUAUAUACAACUUGUAAACAACAACAGCUUAUAGUAUGAUGCCUGAGGCCUAUAUUUGUAUUAGUAUUGUGACAGUGCUCAAGCUACAACAGGUCAACUGUGUAAAUGCACUAUUUCACUGUUCCCCAACCCCCUAACCAGUUGAAAAAUUGCUUAUGGACUUAUGUAACUUAAAGAAAACAUUGGUCGAUACAUGUCCGAGAGCAUAUGGUUUUUCUAGUUAUGGAUGGAUGGUGGCACUGCAGAUGGCAGCCAUAGUGAUCACAGCAAAGGCAGUUCGGGAAUAGGUCAGCCUCCCACCACUUUUAAAUUAAGUUAUCCUCUUCAGCAAUCACCGGCCGUACAUGUGCUGUAAGCACAGCUUGAAGCGUGGUAGAAUUGCAAGUUCACUUUCCCCCAGGAGCUUUUCUCAUCUUGCCAGCCUGAUACAAGCAAUCAUGUGAUUUUUCUUCUCUGCUGAACAACCCACAGAGAGAACUCUUACUACUUCCUGUACAGGAUUCCAUUAUGUAAAUAAAACAGAUACCAGCAUUGAGAAAGGAUAGAUAAUGUAUGUCUGUAUAGUGUUGAUGCUACUUACAAGUGAUGCCUCUCCAGGAAAAUAACUUGUGUUUCUGAAUGUUCUGAUAUUAAAGAUACUGGUUACCCUAA